AGUCCCACUCCGGUCCAGGUCCUGAAUGUAGAGGAGGGCGGCCUCUCCCCAGCCUUGCGCAGCUUUAUUCUCUCAGCUUGUACCACUUUUCCACGCAAGCGCUGCCGGUUGCUCGCGCUCUUGUCUGAAUUGUUGACUCUCUCUUUGGACUGCUAGCAUCGAGCAUUAAGUGAACUCUUAUUUUUCUUUUUUCUUUUUUCCAAGUUUGGGUAGGGGGAUCCGGUUUCCUGUUCUCCUGUACUUAGCAGCCCUGGGGUAGCUCUCCAGAGGCUGUGUCAGAGCCAACCUCCCUCCCCACCCCUCGCGCGCCAAAUCCAGCCUGGGGCGCAGGGCCAUUCCGGGUGCCAGCUCUGCUCUCAUAUUCCAUCUGGCUUCUGCUCCAAAUAGUGGGGUUUCUCAGGGUGUAGAAAGCUCCCGUGUGGAGGCUUCAGGCGCCAGAGCCCGGAGGGGGGCGGUAGCAGCGUCAGGUGGCUGCUCCGCGUCCCCGAGCGCCACCCAGUCACUUCCUACUCGGCGCACAGUCUGGGCUAGAGCAGGAGCCCUCUUGCAUCUCAGCCCCAGGACCCGAGUCCUCCGGAGCUGCUGGGGUUUCGGACAGCGGCAGCAGGAGAAGCUGAGAUGUGACCUGCUCUCCCCAGAGAUUGCCAUUUCCCUCUCUGGUGCCUGCCUCGCGAACAACAGCCCGCACCAGCCAGCGAGCACUUGUCUGGAUCUUCCUGGAGAAAGGAGCAGCCACUAGGCGCUCGCAAAGCCUGGACAGAACUUUGGCUGCCCUGGGUAGCUGUGAAACAGCUGAGUGAGAAGGGUGGGCUAGGAGACCAAGGGAGCAGAGAGCUAAGGAAUGGGGUCUUAGCCUGGGCUAGGGGUGGGGAGAGGGAAGUCGAGUUGCUCCUCGCUCUCUCCCAGAGCCCGGGCGCGGGGCAGAGGGAGAAAUGCUGAGCCCGCGUCCGGGCUCCUGCCUCCCCGGCAGCAUCUUCAGCAGCAGCCUCAGCAUCAGCACCGGCGGGACAGCGACAGCGGGGGCGGCGCAGGCGCACUGUGCCCGGCGGAGCCUGCAGUUCCCCAGCCCCGUGUGCGGCACCGCCACAGUCUGGGCAGCGGCGGCCGGGGGAGCGCUACUACCAUGAACUGCUUGGUCCUCCUUCCCAGAGCUGCUCAUCCGGGUCGGGCUGGAGACACACUCAGGGGACCCCGCCGCCGCCGCCGCGCCCCCUUUUCUUUCAGCACCAUCUCCACUACCUUUUCCUCCUCUUCUUCCACCUUUUCUUCCUGCUUCCCCCCCUCCCCCGCCGCGGAUCCUGGCCGCUGCUUUCCAGACCCAGGAUGCCGGGGGGCAAGAGAGGGCUGGUGGCUCCGCAGAACACAUUUUUGGAGAACAUCGUCAGGCGCUCCAGUGAAUCAAGUUUCUUACUGGGAAAUGCCCAAAUUGUGGACUGGCCUGUAGUUUAUAGUAAUGACGGUUUUUGUAAACUCUCUGGAUAUCAUCGAGCUGACGUCAUGCAGAAAAGCAGCACCUGCAGUUUUAUGUAUGGAGAACUGACCGACAAGAAGACCAUUGAGAAAGUCAGGCAGACUUUUGACAACUACGAGUCAAACUGUUUUGAAGUUCUUCUGUACAAAAAAAACCGUACCCCUGUUUGGUUUUACAUGCAAAUCGCACCAAUAAGAAAUGAACACGAGAAGGUGGUCUUGUUCCUGUGUACAUUCAAGGACAUUACACUGUUCAAACAGCCUAUAGAGGAUGACUCAACGAAAGGUUGGACGAAGUUUGCCCGAUUGACACGGGCUUUGACAAAUAGCCGAAGUGUUUUACAGCAGCUUACACCAAUGAAUAAAACAGAGACAGUCCACAAGCAUUCAAGACUAGCUGAAGUGCUUCAGCUGGGAUCAGACAUCCUUCCUCAGUACAAACAAGAAGCGCCAAAGACGCCACCACAUAUCAUCUUACACUAUUGUGCUUUUAAAACUACUUGGGAUUGGGUGAUUUUAAUUCUUACCUUCUACACCGCCAUCAUGGUUCCUUACAAUGUUUCUUUCAAAACAAAGCAGAACAAUAUCGCCUGGCUGGUGCUGGACAGUGUGGUGGACGUGAUUUUUCUGGUGGACAUUGUUUUAAAUUUUCACACGACUUUUGUGGGGCCGGGUGGAGAGGUCAUUUCUGACCCGAAGCUUAUAAGGAUGAACUAUCUGAAAACUUGGUUUGUGAUUGAUCUGCUGUCUUGUUUACCUUAUGACAUCAUCAAUGCCUUUGAAAAUGUGGAUGAGGGAAUCAGCAGUCUCUUCAGCUCUUUAAAGGUGGUGCGCCUUUUACGCCUGGGCCGUGUUGCUAGGAAACUGGACCAUUACCUGGAAUAUGGAGCAGCGGUCCUUGUGCUCCUGGUAUGUGUGUUUGGACUGGUGGCUCACUGGCUGGCUUGCAUCUGGUACAGCAUUGGAGACUAUGAGGUCAUUGAUGAAGUCACCAACACCAUUCAAAUAGACAGCUGGCUCUACCAGUUGGCCUUGAGCAUUGGGACCCCAUAUCGCUACAAUACGAGUGCAGGGAUCUGGGAAGGAGGACCCAGCAAGGACUCCCUGUAUGUGUCCUCCCUCUACUUCACCAUGACGAGCCUUACAACCAUAGGAUUUGGAAACAUAGCUCCGACCACAGACGUGGAGAAGAUGUUCUCAGUGGCCAUGAUGAUGGUCGGCUCUCUUCUUUAUGCAACUAUUUUUGGAAAUGUUACCACAAUUUUCCAGCAAAUGUAUGCCAACACCAACCGUUACCAUGAGAUGCUGAAUAAUGUUCGAGAUUUCCUGAAAUUAUAUCAGGUCCCAAAAGGCCUUAGUGAACGAGUGAUGGAUUAUAUUGUCUCAACAUGGUCAAUGUCAAAAGGCAUCGACACAGAGAAGGCCCAAGGAAUCUGUCCAAGAAUUAGACUGCUCCCAGUUAUCUUUUAAAGAUAUGUUCUACUGAUAUUCCCCAAUCCAUUUAAUGGAAGCUGCACCUUCCAGUUCCUUAGGACAACCCUCCUUAGCCCUAUCUACCUUCACUUCCCUUCGCUUCCAUUGUGGUCCCUAGAUCCAAGCCAUCAUCUUGCCCUGCUCUGUGCUUCUGUGUAGGAUGUUCUCAGCGUAGCAACAAAGAACCUAUGUGGCUUUUCUGUUUGUUGAUCUAAUCUUGUCAAUAUAUUUAGGACAUUAUAUGUGAAUCUUGCUACAAGUAUUUACAGUGGAAUUUAUUAAAAUUAUCAAAAUAUAAUUGUGGAGUGAUAAAAUGAAAGGUGGAAAACAGUAAUUAUAUCAGUCCUGUACUCAGGGUGCAUCCAUAGAAAAGAGUAUCAGAAUUUUUAACAAUUACUCUCUUUGAUUCACUGUUUGGUUCCUAUAUUCUUUAAUAUGUGAAGUAUGUUGUCUUAACAUAUGUUAACAUAAUUUUUUAUUGCAUAGCUCACUUACAUUUUCUUUAAAAUAUUUUUAUUAAUAGAUAUUAUUAUGAAACUUAUACAAGCACACACCAAAACAAGGAAAAUAAAUGAAGCUCAAUAUCUUUUGAAAUGUCUCUUUCUCUGUUGGUUCUAAAAUAGUUAUUUUUUUUCAGCUCUGUGUACAAUGGAAUUUAAUGAUGCAUUGCAGCUAAUUAAAGAAAAAUCUUUGCUUCAAUUAUUGUGAUUUCCUCCUAGCUUCUCCACAUACUUAGUUUGUAGAUUUUUGAAUUUAACAUUAACACAUGAGCAAAUUAAUCCCAGUGAUUUAAGUCAGCCUUAACCAGCUUCUGUUUAGUCCAAUUACUAUAUUCAUGUGGGGAUUAGAACAUUUUUUACCAGGAAAAUUUGUUGUAGGUGAUUUUUUUUCCACUGGGCAGUGUCUAGACUAAUUUUAUCUACUGGCCAACAGUUUAUUGACUAUCAAUCAUUACAGGUACUUAGUAUCUUUUUAAUUUAAUAACAAAAAUCCAUCCCCUGCUCUUUGCCACUGGCUGACAUUUUGUACUUAAAAGAGAAAGGGUUGGAAUGGGGGGAUUUAAAACAAAAGAAGAUUAUGGGGAACAAUAGAAGGGAUGAUGACUAAAGCUCAUAAAAUUUAUCCUGACAUUUGAAAUACUUUUCAGGAAAACAAUUCAAAUGAAAUCAGUGGGCUAGCACUAUAUUUUCAAUUUGCAGGACGACUUAUAAAAAUGUACAACUUAUAUAAUGUUUUAUAGAUCAGGUAACUCUCAUUACCCUAGAGUGUCCAUGACCUCUUUAACAGGUUAGAUACUAAACCCUUAUGAUUUUUAUUUACAACUUUUACUACCUUUCUAGAACUAACACUAAUUUUAAUAACCAGUAUGAAUUCUCAGAUCACACAUUGUAUAUUAUGUAGUCAUUACAUCUCUCUCUACGUAUAUAUGUAGACUAGACAAAAACUACAAAGGAUUAAAGAGACCACAGCAUCCAUGGAAUUCAACAAGGCCUUAAUGGCCCCCUAGACAGAGGCUGAUACAAAUAAAAAAGGGGAAUUCAAGGUCACAGGGUUGAUCUUGGCAUCAGCAUAGACUGUAGCUUCAGACAUAAUAUGCAGAACCAGAUCUAGCUGGCCUAAUGAAUGUAUUUAUGGAUGGCAAUUUCUGUAGGCUGUGGCACAGGUCUCCUGGAACGUUCAGGAGCCCUCUUACUGUCAGUUGUGUGAUGUUUUCUUGGCAUGGACAGGUGACAGGCUCAUAGGAGCUGUUGUGACUUCAGUGUUAGGUGUCAUUUCUAUUGUGUCCAGAUGGGAGUACUGUAUGUGUCCUCAGUCUGGUGUAUUAUUUUUCUGCCUUUUUUAUUGCCUUAUCUCUGUUCCAUAGUGACAAUGGGACAUGCUCCUUACACCUGGAGGAAAAUACUGUACUACACCAUCCUUCAUAAAGAGCUCUGACUAGUGCGCUCUGCUGAAUUUAUCAUAUAAAUAUAUCACAGGGAUAUAAGAAAGGCAACCUGGCUCAGGCUGAAGAUUCAGUAGUAUUUUUAUCUUUGGUUUAAAAGAGGUAACAAUUGCCACAAUAGAGUUCAUAUUAAUCAGAUCAAUAAUUGUGAUCACCUUCCAACUAGAUAUUUCAAAGAAAUAACAUCAAAGGGCAAAAACUUACUCAAAGAUGAACAAGGUGAUAUACAAUUCUGACCAUAUUAACAUAUGACAGACAAAUAAAGGAAAUGUAAAUAUUCUAUCUAGUUAAGAAGAGAGUUGAAGAGAGGGGUGGAAGGUAGCUUCAAAAAACUAAAUCUAUUUGAAGAACAGAUCUCUCUGCUUCAGAAAAAAAAACAUAUUUCUCAAAUAAAGGAUUUAGAUAGACACAGCAGAACGCAGACCCAGUGCACUCUCAGGUCCUGCACACUACUCUUGCUGCCUCUCCACUAUCCGGUUCUUGUUAUCUCUACUGAAUGAAUUUAGGUGGAGCACUCAGGCCUAGAGUAGAAAAAAAAAAAGACUGUAUUUUAUAGGAUGACAUGAAGCACUCCCAAAGUUGAGAGACGGCUCAUUGUAUAGGAAAGUAUAAUUACGGGUUGAGACUGGACAACAGUGAAGGAAUCACUGUGCCGACCUAGAGGUUUAAGUAGACGUGGUGCUAUUUUCUUAAGGACCAAAUAGCAUCCUGAGAGGUGGUUUUCUGUGCAAGGUGAUUGACAGGACUAUUUGGGUUAACUUUUAAGGAAGAAGCAAUGUUGUGUCUUUUUUUUUUUCUUUCUUUCUUUCUUUGUUAGAACGCCUCCAGCUAGAUAGUAAUCUUAUCAUUGUCCUAGAAGUUCAGAAAGUCAUGUUUCUAUGCAGGGAUUCAGAUACAAUUCUUUUGAUCAGUUUCUGCUUUUACAAGCUGAUAAAGAGGUGGGAGGAAGAGAGAGGGAGGAAGGGAGGGAGGCAGUGAUAGAGAAGGAAGGGAGAGGAAUUCAGGGGAAGGGAAAUAGAGAGAGAUGAUAGGUAGAUAGGUAGGUAGAUAGAUAGAUAGAUAGAUAGAUAGAUAGAUAGAGAGAGAGAGAGAGAGAGAGAGAUAGACAGAUGAUUUUAGAUGUUGAUAACAUGCCAGAGAGAGAGAGAGAGAGAGAGAGAGAGAGAGAGAGAGAGAGAGAGAGAGAGAGAAGGGAAGGGGGUCCUUAAUUCCCUUAGAACCUGCUCCUAUGUGAACACUUUCCUAAUACUGACUAUGAGAGCACAUCAGUACAUCAUAAUAUCUGUGCCACUUGGGGUUCUACUAUUUGUCACACCUGGUUCAAGGACAGUCAUUUUAAAAGUUCUGCAUGAAAUUUACAGAAAAAAAAAAACAAUCCUAUGAUAAUUUAACACUUGUUUUCAGCACUUGUUUUCUUUUUCCAUUGGUGUGUGUGUGUAUGUGUGUGUGUGUGUGUGUGUGUGUGUGUGUGUGUGUGGUUGUGUACAUGGAUACAUGUGGAGGCCUAAGCUUUAUGUUAAGUACUAACCUUAAGUGUUCUUCCACCUUCCUUAUUGAGGAGGCAGCACCUCUCAGUCACUUCCAGAGCUCUCUAGUGUGGAUGCUGAUUCCUCCUUCUCUCAUCAGAAUUAUAGACCAACUUCCCUACACAUCCAAUAUUUUUGUGGGUUCUGGGGAUCUGGCUCAGGUCCUAACAUUUGCUAGCUAAGCACUUUAACUACUGAGCCAUCUCUCCAACUCUGUUCUCAGGAUUCUUUUAUUAACGUACUUGAACCGAUAGGUUCACAAGGAUAGUAACUAGCUUACUGAAGAUGAUAAAAGAAGUACUCACUUAAAAAUACCAUGGAUUUAUAGAUUCUUUAAUGGAGUCAAGGUAGGGCAGCCAUGGAAUGCUUCUCCUAUAGGCCUAUGUUAACUGCUUAUUGGACAAGAGACUAUAUGCCUAUUCCACUGCUUAAAAUUAAUUAAUUGAUUAAUUAAUUAUUAAGCAACUACACGUUUCACCCUAACUUUUAAAUCUAGAAAAAUCUUUUAAGUUUUCAAUCUAACCAUGGUAAAGGAAUGCCACAAUCAUCACCUUUGCACGUGUUUCUCAAUUGUGACCUCCUAAAGAGGAAAAAGGGAGAAUGUGGGCUUGGGAUGGCCUUUUCUCCCUUUUAGCUAGCCUUCAUUCCUAGCUAAGAAAGUAAAUUUCAUGUGCAGCUUCUCCCAUGGAGCAGAAGUUGAAUAAGAUAGCACUCCAGGGCACAUUAGAGGUGAAUAUAAACACAAUACAUUAUAUUCACAUAUUAAAGUGUCAUAAAGAAAAUCAUCAUUUUUUAUAGUUAUUACACAUUAAUAAAAAUUCUAGAAAAAUAAGGAGGCAGAAUGGUCUUAGUAAACACACAAUAAAAUUAUUAUAGGCAAAUAGGAAUGUUAAUAAUUUCCGUAAUAAUAAUUUAGAAUACUCAAGUGUGAAUUUUAAUUUCUCAUGGCUUUUGAGAAUUCUUCAAUACAUCCUUUGUAUUACUGUUGGCUAAUAUCAUUACUUUUAAGCUUUGUGCAUGUCCUCUAAUAGACAAUGUUCUUUUGCUAUGCUUAUUUUAAGGAAGAAGCAUAUUAUAGGUUAGUUAAGUCCAAAUGACUUAAACAUUUCUCUGGAAAUAAUACUAAACAGAAUCUUUAUAUUUUUGCUUUAUUCUGUUCAUACUUUAGUGUAACAGUGCAGGCUAGUUUAUACUUCAUUUUCUCACCACUUGGCCAUUAGCUUCUGAGGAAGGUCACAAGGAAUCAUAUGAUAGCUAUAAUAGAGAAAGAAACAGAUGGAGUAGUCCACAUGACGCCAUGAUGACUUAGUAACUUGGCUUGAUCUAGACUACAAACAUAGGGUCCCAUCCUUCUGGGUCCGCAUCUCUGGGUGUGAAGAAAUAGAGCCACAUUUCUGACCUAGGUGGCUGGAGCAUAAAAGGGGUCACAUCAUGCCUUCAGGGGGUAGGCAGUAAUAAAAGGGGUGAACCAUUUCAUUCACAAUGAUAAUCAUACUCGUCUUUUCUUAUCUAGUCAUAGGCUACAAAGUUUGCCAUAUGGCUAGCAUCAUAUUUUUGGUCUUGAAAUUUAGUGAGCAUGCCAUUGUACUUAAAUAUACAGAUGGAACAUGACCUGCAUCAUAUUUUAGAUAAGCAAAUGUUUUUAUAUAUGUAUACAUUGAGAACAAAUAUGUGAACAUAUUCUAGACUGUGGAGAAAAGUUAAUGAGUCCAAUUUGUGUGCAGACCAUGUCAUACUGUGAGUUGGUGUCUCUAUCCAGCCUGUUAUUUUAUUCUGAGCUGCUGAUGGGUCUGUUUUCAGACUCGACCCCAAACAGAGCAAAUUCCCAGCAAUAGCACCUGCUUUUGAGUGAAAUCAUUAGGUUCCUUAGAACUGGACACAUUUUUUUUAAUUAAAGGUAGAAUUAUGCAAUCAGAUUUUAUGACUGCUUUACUUAAAAUGUGUGUUCUUUCCCUGGAGUUUCUCUUACUAAUAUUGCCAUGGUUUUACUGUGCUGUUAUUUUUAAAGAAAUUAUUUAUUUUAUUUUAUGUAUAUGUGUGUGUGCACCUCUGUGUGUGUAUGUGAUCCAUGUGCAGGCAAUGCUAACAAAGGUCAGAAGAGCACAUCAGAUCCACUGGAACUGGAGUUACAGAUGGCUGAGAGCCACCUUAAGGAUGAUAGGAUCUGAACCUAGGACUUCAAUUCAAGUGCUCUUAGCCACUGAGCCAUAUCUCCAGCCUGAUUAUGUUGUUGUUUAUUAUUUUCCUUCAGUGGUCGUGUGACUUCCUUUUCUCUACCCACCUCCUAUCUCUUUCUUGAGUUUUAUGAUAAUGAAUAAAGGAUGCUUGUUUUGGGUUCUGGCUGAUUUAAAGAAUGAUUUUAUUCAUUCUUUAAAAACAACAUUUAGUUCCUUUACUUGUCAUGCCAAGUAACCAUGGGCAUCUCUGCCUGACACAACAGGAAGUAGAGAGAAGAUGGAUAAAGAUGUAGGGGCUGGAUACCUUAAAUAGAGAAAAUAGUCUCAAUACAAAAUAGUUUUCCUUUUAGCUGUGUGUUACCCUCCAAUGCUCUGGAGCCCCUCCUGAUGUGACCUCCUGAUGUGAUUUUUCGCAUCAAGGAGAGGACCAUAUGGCUUAUAAACUUGAUGGUUUUCUCUCAACUUUGCCUUUCAUAAAUCUGGAAUUUUCUCAAGUCCUUCAGUUAAUUUCCCAUUUUCUCACAUUAGCAACCUCCCUCAUAUUUUGGGCAUCCUCAAGGAUGCGUUCAGUUCUCUAGUUUCUUCCAGAGCAUUUCAGUUGAUAGGAGACAUCAAUUGAAGAGUACCUGUGUAGCAGCAGAUUGUAUGAAUAGCAAGGUACCCUUCAAUGUUCAUUUCUGCAUAAAAAAUAUUGUCAGGCUUUGUAAAAAUAGUUGUAGAGGGAUAAAUACAAAUAACACAAUUAUCGCUCUUAUGUUACUUGGAAUUAAUGAAAGGAGAAAAGACAAAAACUAUGGAGAAAAACAUGCGAUUGUCAAUUGUGUUGAUGCUUGGACUAUAAUGCGGGUGCUACGCUAGAGUCUGAUGAGCAAGAUUAAUCUAAUUCAGUUUGGAAGGCUGUGUGGUGGAAUUAGAAAAAAAGCAUAAUAGAAUUUGGACAACAGAGAUUGUUAGAAAUAGAAACUUUGCUACCUUUCAUAACCAAACUCAAAUUACCUAUGUGUUGAUAGACAACUGGUCUAAAGAUGGGAAACAGUGAAAAGGAUAAAGAGUCGGGAUCUUAGGACACUGUUAAUUACUGAAAAAUCAUUAGUUACCCUUUACUAUCUAGAUCUAUUCAGCUAACUCUUCAUGUUAAAAAUUUUACACUUAAUCCAAUAACUAUUCCGAAUGGUACAACAACUUUUUGGUACCUGAAUCUGCCUAAAUUCCUUAGCAUAUAAUUGCUUAGAAUAUAUUAAAAUCAUGUGGAUCUUCUGACUUUGAGGUCAUUAAUCAGGGACUCCUGUCAUAUGCUUUAAUGAGAGAACAGACAAUACACAGCAUCAAGGAUAUAUUUGUAACCAGAGGACACUGUUAUCACAUCUCAAUGUGUGAGUUUGUUGGAAGAGUGGCACAGUCCCUUUAUAAAAAGUUGACAUGUGCUAUUCCUGAAAUGUGACUUUUCAGGCAAAAAAGAAAAAAUAAUCUUGUGAUUAUAUAACCAUUUUAUUUCUAAAAAUGUUAAUUUAAUGGAAACAGAUGACUUUUAUGUAAAAUUGGAAAUAAGAACCCGAAAAAGGAGAAAGUACAUUAAAUCCCUCAUAAUCUCAUUCCUUAUAAAACUACAUUCUGGCACAUUUACUUUCUAUGGCUUCAUGAGCAUCUGUGUGUUGUAAAUAUGUAUAGCCUGAAGGUCUUGCAUUUGAAAUGGAAAGUUGAAAUUUUAAAGUCUUUGGAUUUUGGAUAUGUUUUAGAUUGGGAAUAUAUAUGUAUGUAUAUAUAUGUAUAUGUACGUAUAAUGGUAUCUAUAAAAUUCAUUUUUAUUUCAUGUACUUCUUAAGCAUAUAAACUAAAGGUAAUCUUAUAUAAUGUUGUUACUACUUUACUGCAACCAAUCUCAUGAGUUCAAAUGUAGAACUAUUCAUUUGGCAUAUUAUAUUUCAAAUUACCUUUUGAUUCUUGUAACAGUUUGAAUAUAUUUUGUUUGUAGAAUUUAAGAUGUUCAACCCCUGUUGUGGAAACCUCUGUGUUCUUUUCUGUGUGAGUGUGUGUGUGUACGCAUAUCAAUAUAUUUUUAUUUCCCUGUGUUUAUAUAUUUAAGAUUUCUGAUUUUUACAUUAAUAUAAACAGUAAAAAUGGAGGUUUCUGGAUCAUAGACUUUGAACAGUUCAUAGGUUAUGCUAUUUUUAUGGUUAUUUUUUCUAAAAUAUCAAAUCGAAACUCUAUAAACAAUAUAAAUUUGUGUACGUUCUUCUUAAGAACAUCACUCUCAACACUUGGUAUUGAAAUUGUGAAAUUAAUAAACCAAUUAGCAGCACAUUCAAUUUUCUCUUUCUUUCAACACAUAAUACAAUUGCUGCCAACAAUUACAAUUACAACAGUGUCUGUCUUGUUGAACCAAUGAUUUUAUUUGGGUGACUUACAGAAGCGUGGGUUAGGGGUUACACAUUUGUCUUAUUAAGGGUUAUUAUUGCUGUGAGAAAACACCGUUACUAAAAAGCAAGUUAGGGAGGAAAGAGUUUAUCUGGUUUACACUUCCACAAUACUCUUCAGCAUUGAAGGAAGUCAGGUGAGGAACUCAAAUGGGGCUUGAACCUGGAGGCAGGAGCUCAUGCAGAGGCCAUGGAGGAUGCUGCUUACUGGCUUGCUUCCCAUGGCUUGGCUCAAACUUUCUCUUAUAGAAAUUAGGGCCAUCAGCUCAGGAUGGCACCACACACAAUGGGCUGUGCCUGUACCCAUCCAUCACUAAGAAAACGACUUACAGCUGGAUCUUAUGGAGGCAUUUUUUAAAAUCUGAGGUUCCUUCCUUUCAGAACUCUAGCUUGUAUCAAGUUGAUGUAAGAUUAGCUAGCGCAAAUGGAGCAUAUAGGUGACUUUAUCAGCAGAAAGCCCCUCUUGCAGGCAGCUCUAUGAGAGAUACACUGCUUUUAUAACCUUGGAUAGUUGCCUGGUAGAUCUUGUAACUUUCUAAUUGUCCUCAGUCUUCUGAGACUCUCCUACCUCCAGAGGGUAAUGUUUCAGUUCAAGGGAAACAGCUACAUUUACUUCUCCACACCAAGCAUCUGGCUGUGGUAGACCAGCAUGUCUUGUCAUACCUUAACUGUUCCUGUUUUCACAUGGUCUAACUCUUCUGAGUAAGCUUUCUGCCUUAGCACUCACCACUAUCCUGUGGCUACUUAAAUAUUUGGAUAGUAUUGUUUGACAUAUCUCAGAGCUAAGCUCUACCACAGAGGCCAUUUGAAGCCAUUUCUAGCUGCUGAGGUGAAGUAUUGCUUGGGAGAUGUAGUUGGUGAUCUUGCACACAUCCCUUCUAAUACAGGCCAGAGGUUACAUCAAGAAACCAAUGUGAAGAUCUAAGGCUUUGUCUUUGGGAGUAAAGCCAGACACUGUAGAUGGGAUACAAUGUGUA